GGGUGUGGUCUUCAACAAAGCUUGAUUGAGAGAUCACAUCACCGUUGACGAUUCUGGCAGGACGGUCCGUCUAAAUUUGAAUAAACAUCACGAAACGUGUUUUUGCUCGUUUUUUUCACUGGAUAAUUUUUGUGAGAUCGAGCCGCGUCGGUUCGCUGUUCAAUAACAGGCCGAAAGUGACGGCAGGCAUGAGGAUUGCACAUCUCUCUCUGGAAAUGCAUCAGUUCCGCCGGGCUGCCUCGUGACUCCAGCAGCGACCGAGAGGAGGACCGCGGAGGAGACAGCAGAUGAUCCGGGCCCCCGUCACCUCCGGUCCGCUCCCCUGAAGCGCGUGUGCACGCCGGGACCAGGAGCACCAGAGGCGGCUGCACGGGGAGGCGCUGAAAUGAGAUGAGGCUCAGACAUGGAACUGUUGCCACUGCGAUUAUCUUCUUCACGUCGUUUCUCAGUCUGUCCUGGUACACGGCUUGGCAAAAUGGCAAAGAAAAGUUGGUAGCCUAUCAGAGGGAGUUCCAUUCCCUGAGGGAGCGUCUGCGUGUGGCGGAGCACCGAACCCUCCAGCGCUCCUCUGAGCUCAACGCCAUCCUCGAGCAGUUCAGACGCGCCAUUGCAGAAACCAACGGCAGCAAAGAUGCUCUCUCCAACUUCUCAGAUGAGACACAGAAGUUGCUGAAGGAGUUGGCUCACAGGAAGCCCCUCCAUGUGCCAAAUAUCUACCACCAUCUGCCUCACUUGCUAAACAAUGAAGGCAGCCUGCACCCUGCUGUACAGGUGGGCCAGGGACGUACCGGAGUUUCCAUAGUGAUGGGCAUCCCCACGGUGAAGCGGAAAGUAAAGUCAUACCUGUCAGAGACGCUUCAUUCACUCAUCGAUAAACUCUCGGCGGAGGAGAAGCUCGACUGCGUCAUCAUAGUGUUCGUGGGAGAGACGGACAUAGAUUACGUAAACAGUGUGGUUGCAGGCCUUGAAAAAGAGUUCUACACAGAGCUGAAUUCUGGGUUACUGGAGGUCAUAUCUCCCCCUGCCAGCUACUACCCAGACUUCAGCAACUUAAAAGAGACAUUUGGUGACUCAAAGGAGCGGGUGAAAUGGAGGACCAAGCAGAACUUGGACUAUUCCUUUCUAAUGAUGUAUGCCGUGAACAAAGGGGUCUAUUAUGUCCAGUUGGAGGACGACAUCGUUGCCAAGCCCAACUAUUUUGCCACCAUGAAAAACUUUGCUCUACAACUCGCCACUGAGGACUGGAUGAUCCUUGAGUUUUCACAGCUGGGCUUCAUUGGUAAGAUGUUCCAAGCCCCAGAUCUAAAUCUCAUUGUGGAGUUUAUCUUCAUGUUUUAUAAGGAGAAGCCCAUUGAUUGGCUCCUGGAUCACAUACUCUGGGUCAAAGUGUGCAACCCAGAGAAAGAUGCUAAGCACUGUGAUAGACAGAAGUCGAGUCUGCGCAUUCGUUUCAGGCCCUCUUUGUUUCAGCACGUAGGCCUACACUCCUCCCUUGCUGGGAAAAUCCAGAAACUCACGGAUAAAGACUUCCUGAAACCACUGCUUCAUAAGAUUCAUGUGAACCCGCCGGCGGAGGUGUCCACCUCUCUAAAAGUGUAUCAAGGUCAUACACUUGAGAAGACAUACAUGGGCGAGGACUUUUUCUGGGCCAUUACUCCAAUGGCUGGAGACUACGUCCUGUUCAAGUUUGAUCGUCCCGUCAACAUAGAAAGGUUCCUUUUUCGCAGUGGAAACCAAGAGCACCCAGGAGACAAAAUAGAGAACACUACUGUCGAGUUCCUGCCCUUUUCGGAUGCUGAAUUGAAGACCAAAGAGAAGUACAAACGAACAGAAGAUCGGUUCUAUAAGCUUGCUCAGUUUGAGAAAGGAGUGGUGGAGGGGACGGUUGACCCUGCCUUUAACCCUGUGGUGGCUGUUCGUCUAACGGUCCAGAAGGACUCCGCCGUGUGGGCCAUUAUUAGCGAGAUCCAUAUCAAGAGGAUACCUGGGUAACUACCUGAAUGUCUCCAGUGGUCACCUAGACAGGGACGUGCUGCUCGCAUCUACAGCGGAUCGAGUGACCCUCACAUUAUCAGAGUGCGUGGAGGAACCCUGGCUUUGUGCUUCACCUCUUAAACUUUACUUUUCCUCUUUUUUUCUUCUUCUCGUCAUCCUCUGGUAGUUUUGACAUUCUCUCUUCUCUUCUACUUGCCUUGGCCUCUUUCUUCAGACUUCGUGUUACCUUUUACUAUUCCCUGAAUUCUGUUGUGUGGAUGUGACUACUACUGUACAGAAAAAAAACCAAGCAAACACUUUUUGACAGAAUGUUUCCAGACACUAAAUUUGUGUCGUGGAGAAUUGCAAUCAUCGCUGUCAUUAAGGUUUGAAGUUCAGGAUUCAAAGCUACACCAAUGCUGGAUAAGUUAAUAUCCCCUACUGAUGAAGAUUGUCCUCAGCGCUCUGCCGUCAUGGACUGUAACUGACCAUAAACUUUGGGUCAGAAAAACACGGCUGGAUUUCAGCUUAGAGAUGAACAAGUGGGAUGAAAGAAAUGUUUUUGUUUCAAAGUCCUUUUUUAGGUUUUAGGCCGCUGGUGUUUGACACUCUUUUAAGAACAUUUCGAGACCAGUUUAUUAUUUAAUUGGCUGUUUUGCCAAAAUCUUAAAACAGCAUAUCUUUGGGCGUCCACCUGGUCAACAGAAGUGGAUUUUCUUCCUCUGUGUUGGUUUAUUGUCAAUGAAUCAAUCAUGGCUUUUAAUCCGAAGGUUUUUAAUUGCUGUUAUUAUUAUGAUAAUGACGAUCUAUGAAGGUGAAUUAAUUUAUUUGAAAUAAAUCUUUAAUUUGUA